AUGUUGGCUCGUCAAUUUUUUCGCACAAAGGCCAUUGUUGCCCCUCGCAUGGUUUCUAGAACCAUGGCCUCCAAGGCCUUUGUUAAAUACAACUGGGAAGACCCUUUGAACCUUGAAAAGCUGUUGACCGAAGACGAGAUCUUUGUUCGUGAUGCCGCCAGAAGUUAUUGUCAGGAACGUCUCUUGCCCAGAGUUAUUGAUGCCUAUCGUAAUGAGAAAUUCGACCGUGAGAUCAUGUCAGAGAUGGGUGAACUUGGUUUUUUGGGUUCCACUAUUGAUGGUUAUGGUUGCGCUGGUGUUUCAUCUGUUGCUUAUGGUUUAACUGCUCGCGAAGUUGAAAAUGUCGACUCUGGAUACAGAUCUGCAAUGUCAGUCCAAUCUUCUCUGGUCAUGCAUCCCAUCUAUGCUUAUGGUACUGAUGCUCAAAAGGACAAGUAUCUCCCUCGUUUAGCCAAGGGUGAAAUUGUUGGUUGUUUUGGCUUGACUGAACCUAACCAUGGUUCUGAUCCCAGCAGCAUGGAAACCACCGCAAAGAAGGUGAACGGACACUAUGUGAUCAAUGGCUCAAAGACCUGGAUCACCAACUCUCCCAUUGCUGAUGUAUUUGUUGUUUGGGCCAAGAACUUGGAUGAAGGAGGUGCUAUUCGUGGUUUCAUCCUCGAGAAGGGUAUGGCUGGAUUAGAUGCUCCUGCUAUUAAGGGUAAAUUCUCAUUGAGAGCUUCGAUCACUGGUAUGAUCAUGAUGGACAAUGUUGAGAUCCCUGUUGAAAACAUGCUGCCUAAUGCAAAGGGUCUCGGUGGACCAUUUGGUUGUCUCAACAACGCUCGUUAUGGUAUUGCUUGGGGUGCUCUUGGUGCUGCUGAAGCUUGUUUGGAGCAAGCUCGUACUUACACAUUGGAUCGCAAGCAAUUCGGCCGCCCCUUGGCUGCUAAUCAAUUGAUCCAAAAGAAGUUGGCUGAUGCCAACACGGAAAUCGCCUUGGGAUUGCAAGCAUGUGUUCAAGUUGGCCGUCUUAAGGAUAGCGGUGAGCUUGCCCCUGAAAUGAUUUCCAUGAUCAAGCGUAACUCUUGCGGUAAGGCUCUCGCCAUUGCUCGUGAAUGUCGUGAUAUGUUGGGCGGUAACGGUAUCUCUGACGAAUACCAUAUCAUCCGUCAUGCUGCCAAUUUAGAGGCUGUAAAUACUUAUGAAGGUACUCACGAUGUUCAUGCUUUGAUUCUUGGUAAGGCUAUUACUGGAAUUCCUGCCUUUGCUAAUUAG